CUUUACUCAUAAAUUCAGUCAUACAAUUGAUAGGUUAUUUCUUAUUUCUUAUUUUUGUUUAUAUUUUUAUUAUAAUAUACUUUUUAAUUUUUUAAAAAUUUAAAAUGAUAAAUUAUAUAUAAAAAAUAUUAAUCCUUUAUCAUAAUUUUUAAUGUUAAAUAACAAUACUUUCAAUACAAUUUUUUAAUACAAAGUUCAUUCUCAUGAAAUUAUAUAGUAAUAGUUAUGCUCUUUCCACAAAGUAGAUAUUUAAAAUCUGAGAUUUACAUUUAAAUCAAAUAAAUUAAUAUGUAUAAUAAGUUUAGACUUUUACAUUAUAUAUUUGUGAUUAUUUGUAAUGGUAUGUUAACAUGAUAAUCGUAUUUCUCUUAAACGUGAUAUCUAAGAACAUAAAAACUUAUAUUAACAUAUGUCAUGUUUAGUAUCUUUUAUAUUUAUUAAUUUAACAUUAAAAAAAAUAUAUAAAAAUUUAGCAAAAUGAAAUAUAUAUAAUAAAUAUAUUUUAUUAAAUCUAAAAGAAUGUAGAAUUAUUAAAUUAAUGGAUUAAUAUAUUUUAAUAUUAUAAAAUUAAAUUAUACUUUAUUGAUAAUAUGAUUGUAUUUAAUGAAAGAAAAUUUUGAAAAAGUUUUUCAUUAAUCAUAUUAAAUUAUUAUAUAAUUUAAAAUAAUGGACAAUUUGUCUGAUUCAUUUAAAGCAGAAUUAGAUUCUGCUACAUCAACAGAUUCCCUGCAAUUAAUAAGUGAUGAAUUUCAUAUUAGACAUUUAUCAACACCAGAUGUUUCAAAUAUAGAAUUGUCAAAACGUAUUGCAUUACUAGAAUUAGAAAAUGAACGAUUUCGAAUAGAUUUAGAAAAUAUGCGCAUUGAACUCAAUGCCAGAAUUGCAGCUAAUGAAGGGCUUAAAGGAAAAAUAACAGAAUUGUAUGUAGAAAUGCAAUUAGUAAUUCAAGAAAAACAAAAAUUACAAAAUACUUUAACAGAUGUAAAUAAUCAUUUAGAUUCAUCAGAAACAUCUGUAAAAUGGUAUCAGUCUCAAGUACAUGGAUUACAAGCAAACAAGAAGACUUUACAAUUAGAAAUUGAUACUUAUCAAGGAAUUUUACAACAAAGACAACAAACUAUAGCAAAUAUAAAUACUAGAUAUAAACAAUUGAAUACAGAUUAUAUUGAACUUCUUCAAAAACAUCAAAAAGAAAAACAAGAUUUGGAAUGUGAAAUACAAAAUUUAAAGACACAAAAUCAAUCAAAUAAUAUUUUAAAAUCAUUAGAUAUUAGUAAUACUUCUAGUUCUCCAGAUGUUUCUACAAAGUUAGAAUUAACAGAAGAUGAACUACAAAGUACAAAGGCAGAGUUAAAAGCAUUAGAAAAACGAUUUUUAGGUAAUGAAGUUUCCAAAGCAUUGAUGGAAAAUGCUUUAGCCAAACAACGUAUAUUAAUUACAACUAUGGAGGAAAAUAUACAAAAAUGUGAAACUGAAAAAAAUCAAACUGUUAAUACAUUGCGUAAAGCACAACUUGAAAUUCAAAAAUUGAAAUCUGAGAAUGAAGCAUUGCAGACUACUCUAUUUUCUUCUAAGCAAGAACAAAGUCAGAUAGAAGAUGCAAUUUUCCAAUUGCGAUUACAAUUAACAAAAAUGAUUGCACAAUAUAAGCUUUUAAAAUCAAAAAAUAUAGAAGCAGAGGAAAAAUUAAAUUCAAUGCAAGAUAUAAUAAAUGAAAAUAAGCGUUUAAAAACAUUAUCAUAUGAAGCUAACACUGCUUUAAUUAGAAAACUUAGGCAAGAGAAACGAAAAAUAAAAUGUUUAGAAAAUAAACUUCAUGGUAUUCAAAUCAAGGGACAUUUGAACAAUAUGAAAAAUAAGAUGGAUGUUUCUUUACAAGAAUGCCUAAAACAAGUUUUAAUAAGAAAUAAAGAUUUAAAAGAUCAAUUGAAAGCAUUAACAAAAAAUUCAGAUGAAAGUAUUGAUGAAGGAUAUGGUGACAACAGUAUUGUUAGUUCCAUUUCUAUAGACAUUCCAUCACCUAAAUCCAUCAAUCCAGUAUUAUUAGAUACAGCAUCUAAUAUUUUGCUGCAAUUUAAAGAUUUUUAUAAGCCAGUACAAACAGAACUUGAACAUUUAAAAUUAAAACUUAAUAAACUGAAAGAACAGUGUACUAUAUAGUAUUUAAUUAUUUUACUAAUUAUUAUUUAUUUUUAAUUAUUUAUGAUUUAAUUGCAAAUUAUGUAUUACAUUCAAAAAAAUCAUAGAUUAAAAAUUGAUUACUUAUUAUUAUUAUUAUUAUUAUUAUUAUUAUUAUUAUUAUUAUUAUUAUUAUAGUAAUUUUAUAAUUGUUACAAAUAUUAUUAAGUUGAAAAUUUGUAUAAAUAUUUUAUCAAUUCUAACAAAUGUAUGUUUUUAAUGGAAGAUGAAAAUAUUGUUGUAAAAUUUUAAACACAUAAUAAAAAUGAAUUAUUUUAUUAUUUUUGUUA